GGGUAGGACAUUCAUGUGAUUAUCUCACUGAUUGUAGUUUAUGAGGGAUAUAAAAAACCUGAUCAUCCAUUCAUCCAUCCAUCCAAAUGAUAACACAAAUACAGGUUGGCAGAUUUUGUUCAAAUUAUAGAGGCUGUCUGAUACCUUCUGGACAUUGGACCUGAGCUGGAGUCUGGAGAAUGAAUGUUGAUGUUCCACUUUAUAGAUAUACUGUAUUGGUCUAUAUGUUUUCAGGCAGUGAAUGAAGGCCUUAUAGAGAUAGACCUGAGCUGGAACUCAAUCAGAGAGAAAGGUGCAGUAGCAGUUGGAAAAGCUCUCAGUACCAAUGGGACUUUAGAAAUUUUAGAUUUAUCGUGGAAUGGGUUUGGUGUGAAAGGUGCCAUACAUCUUAUGAGGGCUUUAAAAGUCAACAACAAACUUAGAGUUUUAGAUUUAAGUAAUAACAGAAUCAACAAUGAAGGUGCCAAGAAGUUAGGAUUGGGAGUGGCCAAAAAUAUGUCAGUUGAAACAUUACUGCUUGGCAUGAAUCCUAUAGGAGAGGAGGGGAUGGAGGCACUGCUUAAAGGCAUCAACAAAAAUGAGAAACUCAAACUUGUGGGAAUUGAGGGAUGUGUUGGGUGUAAGGACAUCACAUUAACAAGUGGUGUUUUCAAAAAGAUCCAGGAAUUGGAAGCUGAAAGAGACAUCAUUCUGAUGCAUGGAGGUGUAGGAGGCUUUGAGAAAUCAAGGGUAAUAGGCAGUGUGAUUCAGGUGUUUGAUAGAUUUAUCAAUGAUAAUGCUUUACGACUUGAGGAUUUAUUUGUACAAUUAGACAAGGACAAGUCAGGAGAUGUGACUCUAGAAGAGAUGAAAUAUGGACUCAAAAAUGCUGGCCUUUGUCUAACAAGUAAACUGAUAGAUGUUUUACUGCAAAUGAUAGACAAUGAUGGAAAUGGUACCAUAGAGUACAGUGAGUUGCUAAAUGGCAGUGCUUUGGUUGAGAAAGAACGCAGACGUGCAGUCUUCAAACGAUCAGAUAUUAAAAAUUGAGCAGUCUAAUUCAAAUGUGGCUUCCUAUAUUGAACUGAGCAGUCUUGUUCAAAUACGCAGUUUUAGAAAUGAACAAUCCUAUUCAACUGAGGCUUCCAAUUAGGUUUCAUAUUGAUAUGGAACAAUAGCGGUUCAAAAGAUGAGUUGUUGUAGGAACCAGUCCUAUUGAAACAAGCAGAAAGGAGUUGAAAGGAGCGCCCCCUCUCUCUCAUGGAGUGAACAUUCAACUGUGAUGAGUAUAACAGGUUUAAACAGAACAGGUAACACCUGGGUGGUAAGAUGAGAAAAUGUAGUGUGAACAAUGUGAAUGUUUAUAGGGCAUAGCCAGGAUAAAAAAAAUGAAAGGGAAUUUGAUUUUUAACUGAAAAAAUUUUCAUUUUGACUUGAAAAAAGUCUGAAUUAAUAUUUAGUAUAUUAAUAUUUAAAAAUUAAAUUAUAAAUGUUGAAAAUAUUUAAAUGUAUUUAUUAAUGAUUCAUUAACAUUCAACAAACUGAAGUCAUUCUUAAUCUUUUUGUGAAUCUGCACCUUUUUGUGAAUCUGUGAAAGUUGAACAGAUGCAUAUCUCUAUAUGUCCAAAAUCCAAAUGAUUCCAAAUAACUUAAACCCUUGAAUAUUAAAUAGAACAAGUUAUUAAAAUUAAGAACAAUGCAUGAUUAGUAAUAGUAAUUAGCAAUAUAUAUACUGUAUAUUAUUCUGCAUAUUAUUUUAAAGAUGUAUAACUGUAUUUUCUUGAAAUAAGGCCUCUUUCUUAUAUUACUCAAAUUAACGCUCAUGGGCCUUUAUUCCAAAUGUAAUUCUCCUUUUUACAUACAUUAUUUUAUCUUGAUUAUCACUGGAAAAUAUAAUAAUUCUUUCCUAACUGCUUUUAUCUAAAUCUGUGAUAUGUCUAGAAUCCGUCCAGUAUAUUGUAUUUUUGACAACUACAGCAAAUGAUCUUUUAUUAGUGAAUAUUAUUCAGAAUGCAUAUCAUUAUGAUGACAGUUUUUACACUUUUCUUAUGUUUUAUAUCAUCAAAAUGCAUAAUAGUUAUUGCAAACCAUAGUUAUGUCCACAUUGAAGUGUUCAUGUUAGCCAGUGGGACAGUGUUCACAUAUCAGGAUGUUCACAUUUACAGAGAUGUAUUAGCAUUAUACUUGUGUUGCUGUAGUAGGGUAUAUAGUAAUGCAUUCUGAUUUUUAUUAUUUAUUGCCAAAGUAGUUUUGUCAUAUUGAAUAAUUUCAUCAUGAUUAGGUAUUCUGACUACUAUGAAUGUAUAUUUCACGGGUAUUAAUGACACAAAUAAAUUUUCUAGAUGUUAUUUAAAAAAA